UCACGUGGGCGGUUCCCGAGCAGAGGGACGGAGAGCAGCAACCAACAUGGAGGCCGCGGCUGCGCUCGGCGCCUGGACGGAGGACAAGGAGAGGGCGCUCAUUGCGUUUUUCUCCCAACACAGCUGCCUCUGGAACCCCAAAUCCAAGAGCUACAAGGACCGCCAGGUGAGGUGGAAAACUCUGGAGCACCUGAGGAUCCUGCUGUCAGCGCACCCUCCACCUGUUCCUUUCACAGUGGACGACAUCAAGAACAAGUUCAAGAACCUGCGCACCACGUUCCAGCGGCAGCACAAACUGGUGAAGGCUGGCGCGGCGCCAGGCUCGGACGCCGCCUUCGUGUCGCCGUGGAAACACUACCAGCAGAUGAUGUUCCUGCAGAGCUGCUGCGACCAGGAGGAGGCUCCGGACCAGCCGGCGGGCCAGCAGGAGCAGCAGGAGCCUGUCCUGCCCUCCCCCGGCCUCCUCAUCUCCAUCCUCCCCUCCUCCUCGUCCUCCUGCUCCUCCUCCGGCGCCUCCGCCAAGUGUUACUGGACAGAGGAGAAGGAGCGGGAGCUGAUCUCCUUCUACGCCGAGCACAGCUGCUUGUGGAAGAAGAAAUGUGAAAACCGCAACAAUCGCCAGCUGAGACUGAGAACCCUGGAGGCUCUGAGGGUCCAGCUGUCGGAACGACACCCCGCCUCCUUCACAGUGGAGGACAUCAAGAGCAAGUUCAAGAACCUUCGCACCGUCUUCAACCGUGAGCACAAGGCGGUGAGGGCCAGCGAGGCGUCGGCCUUCCACAGACUCUACGUGUCCAAGUGGAAACAUUACCAGCAACUGCUGUUCCUGAGCGACGCCGACGACCCCGACCCCGACCCCGACCCCGAGGACGCCGACGGCCCGCGGACGCUGCUGACGCCGCAGGAGGAGGAUGUGGACUGUGGAGAGCGAGCGCCCUCCUCCACGCUGAGCGGCUUCCCCUCUGGCGGCGACCAAUCCGACGUCGAGUUCAGCACGUCGACUCCGCCCAGCUUCACGCCCCCCUCCCCCACCUCCGCUCAGAGCGACGCCAAACCCGCCGCCGCCGCUCCGUUCCAGCUCUACAUCCUGACGCCUGCAGAGAGUCUGAAAGUCGCCGGCCAGGUCGCCCCUCCCCCCCUCCCCGUCUCUCUGUCCGGGUCGACGCCGCCAGACGCCAAAACGAAGCCCAACGACACAAGCCCCUCCCCCCUGAGCUUCUCUGGAUUAGGCCCCGCCCAGCUGGACGGUUGCCAGUGGACUGAGGCCAAAGUCCGUCAGCUGAUAUCGUUUUACUCCGAGCACAGCUGCCUGUGGAACCACCGGUCUGAGAGCUACAGGAACCGGCAGCUGAGGCAGAGCAGCAUGGAGACGCUGAGCCGCCUGCUGUCCCAGGACCAGCCCGCACCUUUCACAGUCGACGACAUCAAGACAAAGUUCCGGAACCUGCGCACCAUCUUCCAGCGGGAGCACCGGGCAGCGAGCUCCAACAAAACGUGCGGCUCGGAGGACUUCUACCUGCCCAAGUGGAAGCACUACCGCCAGCUGAUGUUCCUGUGCGACUCCUGCGACGAGGACGACGGCGCCGAGGAGACGCCGCGAUUCAGCGGGCCGCUGGAUGGCGUCUUCGUCCCAGAGGACCACGCCUCCCCUCCCCUCCUGCGCCGCCGUGCCUACGCCGACCAAGACGCCGCCAACCUGAACGUCACAUCGCCUCCCUCGCCGACCCCCCCCGCCUCGCAGCGUUCCUCCCCCUCCCCCUCCUCCUCCCCCUCCACCUGCUCCUCCCGGGUUUCUGGACACAAACGGCCGACCCGCCCGGCGCCGGCCGCCGCGGAGGCGUUUGAUUUCAUGAGGAGCUUCUAUCAGAGCGCGGUGGUUUCUCCGCACGCCGGCUUCCUCAAGUACGUGGAGGAGUGCCUGAACGAGGCGCCGCCCGACAAAGUGAAGAAGCUGAAGAUGAAGAUCAUCGAGACGAUCCACAGCGCGGCGGAGGAACCGUAGCCUCCGACACGGACCGGUUCACGUUUUUACCCUCUACGACCUUUGACCUGCAGGCGACUUUAAAAAACUGAUCACAGGUCAGAGGGAAACGAACUCGACCUGAAACCUGAAACCUCCCGGGACGUCCGGCUGCAUGUCUAAGGGUCAUUUCAGAUUUUUUUGAAGUGCGGUCCUAUUUCUCAACCUCAGAACUCCUGUAUUCCUGCGCAUGAGUGCCGCUGUGCCGCUCGCUGUAUCACGCCGCCCGCAGAGCCGCUGCCGGCUCAGAGUCUCUGCGGCUUUUAGAGGAGACACCAAAAAUACAGGAAGAUAAAAAAGAGGGAUGAUGACAGGAACCAGAGCAGAAGAAGAAGAAGAACGUCUGCAGGUGGAGAGGCUGUAUGGUGGAGGAAGUGUAGUGCCAAAGGAGCGUCUGACGGCGAGGUGAAGCGGUGAAAAUAUUCUAAAUAAGGCGUAAACUGAUGCUGAUGUUUUCAAAGUGUCGAAAAGCUGCAGGACGUCCGGUCCAGUUUCUCCAGACUGGAGACGCUCCGACCACCGCACCGCAAAAAAUCUGGAAUAACCCUUUAAUCCAAGGAUCUGGAAACGUUUGGACAAGAGUCUCUGCUUGCAAUAAUAAAAUAGGAUAUAGGAUAUUUUUUUUACCUUUCAAAUACUGAUUUUGAUUUGAUUUUUAUAAUUUAUUCAAGUGCAUUAUCGUAGUCCCUGUCCUUAUAAAUCACUAUAUUUAUAUCGUUUAGUAAGGGACUCUGUGCUUUCUGUAAUCUGUAACAGGAUUAAAACUGUCAUGUUCAAUCUAACAAACUUCCUCCAAAACUUAAACAUCAAAUAUUAUUACAAUCCAAAAAACCCCAAUAUCCCAAUAAAAAGCAUCAUUAACUUUG